AUGGAGAAGAGGUAUGCCCCUCGUCUGCGCCCAUCUGCUGUGGCUCAGGGUCUAACUUUUACUGUGUGCCCACUGGAAGUUCCUGCUGUGGGGUUACUGGAAGGUCAACAAGCUGUGGAACAGGUGAACAGUGCUGUUCCCGCCCACACUUUAACAGUUUUUGCUGUGAAAAAGGAACAAGCUGUUAUGUGGACAGAAUCGGAGUCACAUCAUGUCGGUCUGACGAGUGUUCAUUGUAUUCAACGGUCGAUGAGUGUCUCAGUAACCAGACUUCCAAAUGUGGUUGGUGCUGUGAGGAACAUAGAUGUGUCCCACAAUCAAAUGGUCACUGCCCUACCACUCCAAUUACUGGAAAUCAGCGUUGCCCUUCUCGUUGCUAUUAUGAAAAUACCUGUGCGCUAUGCCUCGAUCCCAAGCGUGCGCUCCGCAACAGGGCGCAUUUCUCCUCUAUUGACUCUGGUGUUAAUAUUCAAUUAUCUCAUCAAGGUGAAAUCGGUCAUAUGGAUGAUAAUGAGAGGUGCGUAUGGUGUUGUGCAACUAUGUCGUGCUUACCAGUUAAAAAUUUAGCAGUGUGCGCCAAUGAUCAA